AUGAAUUUUAUGAAAACAAAUGACAAAUCUGGAAGCAACCAAGAAGGGAAGUGGUACGACCAGUGCAUGAAGAAGCAUUUUGAAGAUUAUGCCAUUUGCUUCAAGUGUAAGAAUCUAAGGCAUAUUUCCGCAAAUUGCACUAUGAAAGGAAGAUUGUGUUUUAAUUUUGGAGAGAAGGGACACAUGAAGGUGGAGUUCCCAAAAGCAAAGAAGGUGAUCUUGGGGAUCUUGCCACCAAAGCCCAAGGGUCGGAGCUACCAGAUGACCCUCAACGAGGCUAAGGAAGAAUCCGAUAUUGCUUCACAUACAUUCUUAGUUAAUAAAAUUCUUGUAAACAUAGUAUUUGAUUCUAGAGCAGAUCAUUCAUUUAUAUCGCAUGAAUUUGGUAGGAAACUUAGACUAUCACCUCUUAGACUAAGUACCCCUAUCUUAGUAGAAUUAGUUGGUGGUAGGAAUAUACCUUUUAGAAAUAGGUUAGAGGUUGUAACUAUCGAUGUAUAUGGGAAUGAAUUCCGUCAAGAGCUUUUACCUUUUGAGUUAAGUGAGUUCGAUGUCAUUCUCAGCAUGGAUUGGUUAGGAGAGAACCUCGCAAACAUCAUGUGUAGACGGAAGAUGGUGUACAUCACUCCACCUAAAAGAAAGCCAGUCAUCGUUUACAGAGAUAAAAGUAGAGUGAAGCUUAGAAUCAUCACGAUGAUGAAGGCCAAAAGUUGCUUAUCGAAUGGAUGUUUGGCAUUCCUAGCAUACGUAAUUGAUGCGAAGAAGGAGAAAAAGGCAAAGAUUGAUAUACAUGUGGUGCGAGACUUUCCUGAGGUAUUUAUAGAUGAAUUACCAGGAUUACCACCAGAGAGAUUGGUAGAAUUCGAAAUCGACUUGUUGCCAUGA